AUGGGGUUGCAAGGACAGAUAAUACCGUAUAAAAACGGAGAGAAAGAAGAAGAUGAUGAUGAAAGAGAAGGAAAGGAGAUAUCACCGUUUCAUCUUCAAAGCAAAUUUGCUGUUGUUGGUUAUGCUCUUACCUCCAAGAAAAUUAAGAGCUUUUUGAAGCCCAAGCUCGAAGGAUUAGCUAGGAAUAAGGGUAUCUUGUUUGUUGCAAUUGAUCACAACAGGCCACUUUCAGAUCAAGGUCCUUUUGACAUUGUGUUGCACAAGCUAACUGGAAAGGAGUGGCGACAGAUUCUUGAGGACUACAGACGGACACAUCCAGAAGUCACUGUCCUUGAUCCUCCUGAUGCUAUACAACAUUUACAUAAUCGACAGUCCAUGCUCCAGUGUGUUGCUGAUAUGAAUUUGUCCAAUUUCUAUGGGAAAGUAGGUGUUCCUAAACAAUUAGUUAUUAAAAAGGAUGCUUCAUCUAUCCCUGGUGCAGUCACAAAAGCUGGGCUGAUGCUACCCAUUGUUGCAAAGCCACUGGUUGCAGACGGAAGUGCAAAGUCACAUGAGCUAUCACUUGCCUAUGAUCAACAAUCACUUCAGAAACUUGAACCUCCGCUUGUUCUUCAGGAGGGGGUUAUGUUUAAAGUUUAUAUUGUGGGGGAGGCCAUUAAGGUGGUGAGGCGGUUCUCAUUACCUGAUGUCUGUAAACGUGAGCUUUCGAACAUUGCUGGUGUGUUCCGUUUUCCACGAGUUUCUUGUGCUGCUGCUUCUGCCGAUAAUGCUGAUUUGGACCCUGGUGUUGCUGAGCUUCCUCCACGACCAUUGCUUGAGAAACUUGCAAAGGAACUUCGUCGUCGACUGGGUCUUCGGUUGUUCAAUCUUGAUAUUAUCCGAGAGCAUGGAACCAGAGAUCGAUUUUAUGUCAUUGACAUUAACUACUUCCCAGGGUACGGGAAAAUGCCAGAGUAUGAGAAUAUAUUUACAGACUUCCUUCUCAGCCUCGUGCAGAAUCAAUACAAAAUAAAAUCCACCUAG